AUGAAAGCUCCAAGUGGAGACCUAAAAGUGGUGAAAGUAGAACGUGAAGAGCUGAACGAAGUGGAGGAGAAACAUCAGUAUCAGACGCCUCAUUAUUUCAUAAAUGGAGAACAAUCUUUUAGUGAUUUCCGGACUGAAAAUAAUUCCUCACAAAACAGAACACAAGUCAACAAAUCCUUCACCUGCCCUCAGGCUGGACAGAGUUUCACACUUAACGGAAACCUUUUGUGUCACAUGAAAAUUCCUAAAAAGAAAAGCCCUUUGACGUGUCACGACUGCGGAAAGAGUUUCACACGCAAAGGGAACUUUCUGAGUCACUUGAGAAAUCACGAUAAAGAGCGACCGUUCGCGUGUCCUCAGUGUGGGAAGAACUUCAGACGUAAAGGAAACCUUUUGGGUCACAUGAGAACCCACAACGGAGAGAGUCCUUACACCUGUCCUCAGUGUGGGAAGAGUUUCAAACAGCAAGGAAACCUGAAGAGACACAUACGAAUCAACACCGGAGAGAAACCCUUCACCUGCCUUGAGUGUGGGAAGAUUUUCACGUGUAAAGGAAGCCUCAGCGUGCACAUGAGGAUUCACACUGGAGAGAAGCCGUACGCGUGCGAGCGCUGUGAGAAGAGUUUCACGCAUCUCAUCAGUCUCAAACUUCAUCAGCCCGCUCACUCCGACCAAAGUAUGUUUACCUGUGACCAGUGUGAUCAAAAGUUUGCUUCAGCGUCGGUCCUAAAAAGACACCUGAAUUUUUCACACCAGCACCAGCAGAACAAUACAGGUGUGAGAUCUCGCGUGUGCUUCGAGUGUGGGAAAGGCUUUUUUAAUUCCAGUGACUUGGCUCGCCACCUCACAAUCCAUAGCGGGGAAAAAACUUACAAGUGCUUACGGUGUGGCAAGAGUUUCAAUCGGCAAGAAACCUUGAAAGUUCAUGAGAGACUGCAUACUGGAGAGAAGCCGUAUCUCUGCGCUUCAUGUGGGAAGAGUUUCACUCAUUCAAGUGGCUUGAAGACUCAUAGGAAAAAACAUUGUCCAGAAGUGUCGCAGUGA